AUGUCAUCAUUGUCAAGCCUUCCUGAAGAGGUUCAGGUAGAUAUUUUUCUCAGAUUACCUGAUAAUUCAAUCUUAGCAUGUAGAUGUGUGUGCAAGCGGCCCUUGGGUAAUCUACUUUAUAAACCUAGUUUUAUCAAGAAUCACCUUAAUCUAUCAAUUCAAAGUAACCGUAGAUUCAUGUUAACUAUUGAUGAUAACAAAGAGAUAUACUCUAUAAAUUAUGAUCCAAAAUCAGCAUCAUCAUCAAGAGUUGUAGGUAAUAGAGCUAUUCAUGUUGGUUACCCAUUUUGGGAUAAGAAUAUUAAAACCCUUGUAGCUGUGGGUUCUUGUAACGGCUUGAUUUGCUUGGGUAUUUCUAGUGGUAGAAAGCGUAUUGAUGAGAAAAGUUGUAUUUGUGUUUGGAAUCCAUUAACUGGUGAAUAUAAGAUCAUUGAAGUUCCUGUAAACGACUUGAGUUAUUCAAGUGAAUCAAGCUACUGCGUCAGAUAUGGGUUCGGAUAUGAUAACAACAUCGAUGAUUACAAGUUAGUCAGAAUUUUGGAUAAUGAAUUUAGAAUUUAUAACUUAGGGUCCAAAUCAUGGAAAACUAUUCAAUGCACAGAACGUUACAUGUUUCCUGGCAGCAAUAGUCGUUUGAAUGUUAAAAGAAGACUCUCCGGUGUGCUUCAUAAUGGAGCCCUUCACUGGUUAGGUGUUCCCACCCAAUAA